AAAUUGAUAUGUUGAAACGUGCAUCAAGGUGUAAAUUGUAGUGACCGACGCACCAACCCAAUCGGGAGCGGCGUGUGUAAUCAGGGAUGUGGCGGCAGGAUUGAAAAGGUAGCCUACAGUGAAGCCCCCCCUUUGCGAAAUGUCGAGGACAAAGAGACAAAAAACAGAUGCACCCAGACACAGCGAGGAAGCAGGCUGUAAUCCUACGGUGAUCGGGGCGUCGGGCUACAUGUUGUAGCCGAGCUUUCUGGUGCGAAACGCCGAAAUGAUGCCGUGGUUUCGUAGACCUUUUAACGAUUUUGUGACCCGGACUCCGGCUUGAAAAACAGCCCUUUUUUAUUUCCGUCGCUGCCAGCGUUCGUCCAAGAAAACGGGAACACGGCGGCGCCUGGUGCGCCUCGGACAGAUCACGGACACAUAUUUCGCCACCACUAUACAUUUGUCUCAUUAAUAACGUACUUGUCUUCCCGUGUUUAUUUUAUGUUUGGAAGCAAUGUCAAAUAUAAUGUAUUUCAGUAUAAUGACAAGGAGAACGAGAGUCUAACGGAGGACAGCGAAGUGUUUGUGUCCUCGUAUUUAUAAGAGAAAUGUCUGUAUAACGGGAUGGAAAAAAAAUAAUAAAAACCAAGACUUAUAGAAAAAACAUUCUUCUAGGAUGGUACCUGCAUCAGUAGUACACAGACUACUCUCACAAUAUUAAAAAGGUAGGAACCGCAACCAGUAAUCUGUAUUUCAGCAAUGAUUUGUAUAUAUUAUUUAACACGUGUUAUUAUUUAGCUGUGUACAACUAAAACGUUGGUCAGUAUUAUUUCCUCAAUUCAAUUGAAGUAGACUGGACAGCCUUACAUCGCUGUACCUAACAGUAACUGCGCAAUUGUUUGCGCUCAUAGAGAAACCCGGUGUCCUUAUGAUUUAAUGGAAGAUGCGUUUUAGUGCGUUUUCCCCUCCAGCUACAUCGCGUUAUAAAAUCUGUCGUCUAUUUGAAUGACAUCGACGCUAUAACGGAACAUCUUCGUCUAGGUGUUUAGAAACGGGGGUGAAGUUGUGCCCUGAGGUGUCGGGGAGCGCACUGAGCUGUGGAGAGGCAUUUUCACACCUCAUGGGAGACUGCUAACAAGCACUCGCUACUGGACAUUCUGAAUCUACCCUCUAGUCGAUUCUUCCAAUGUCAGCUGUAGCUGGCAUGAAUGCGGCUACCCUCUCCUGGUCCAUGAAGAUGGGAGUGGGUCUGGUGUUCAGCCUGGCUCUCCUGUGGUCCUCCAGUUCGGCCACCACCAAGCAGUGCUUCUCGAAGGAGCACACCAAUCUGAUUGUCAACGCCAGCGCCGCCUUCCUGGCCAGGACUACAGUUCUGGAUGCCCGCAUCAGCCUUUCCCAGCAAGCCUGUCUGCUCGACUGCUGCUCCCAAGAAGUUUUUAAAUGCAACUGGGCCGUAUACAGACCCGAUAAACCGAGCGGAAGCGAAAAUUGCUACUUAUUUUACUGUGAAAGAGAAGAGGAUUGCCCUCUGAUUCCCAUGAAUGGAGUGAACAGCUAUAACAUUUUCACAGGUGUGGAUUAUCCAUCCAUGAACCAUUUAACUACCACAAAAGCCGCCACACAGCCAAGUACUACCCCCAGAGUAACAAUCAGACCAACUGCAAAGCCAACCUACAUUACCACUCCAUCAACACCAACUGCCACCACGCAUACUUCAACUAUUACUGCUGUCACUACUCCUACACAACCAGUGACUACUACUCAACCAACUACUACUACUAUUACUACACUACCACCUACUAUUACACAGCCAAGUAUUAGUACUACUCUACCAAGUAUUACUAGUACAAAGCCAAGUAUUAGUACUACUGUUACUACUACUACACAGCCAGCUAAUUCUAUACAAACAACUGCUACUAUACAAAUAGCUAGUACUAUACAACAACCUCCAUCUACAACUAGGACACCGCAACCAAGCAGUACUACUACACAUACUCAGCCAACCACUACUCUUACUAGCAGUCAACCAACCACUACCACUACAGAAUCAGCUACAACAGCUUUGAUUAUAACACCACCAACCUCCAUUUUACAUACUGAUCCUACUACCAUGAAAACUACUACCAAGAGCUCACUGGUAGCAAGGCCCAACCGACCAAUCGAUGUUUCUAUGCAAAAAACUAUUACAGCAUCAGCAUUAACAACUACUGUGCGAUCACCCCUGACUACUGAAAUGAAAAUUGGCACUGACCCAACAGAAACCACAGCUGCUAAAACAGCUUGUGUUACAUUACAAGCUAUGCUAGCUACAACAAUUACAACUGCAGCUACCCCGAAAACUGAAACACAAACAUCUUUAUCCACAAGUACCACAAAACCGAAUAAAAUUAUCAAAAACCACAACAAACCAACAAGGAAACAAAGCAUGAAACCAUCCCCUUAUAAUACAAGACUAGGUACCACUACUACAACCACUGUGUUCCCUUCCAAACAUCACUUAAAACUGACUACAGCAAAUGCAAAGCAAAGCUCUACAACAAGACCUCCAGGUCUCCCUCACAAAGCAGCAUCCAGAAAGCCAAAGACAAAUCUGAGGACUUCGGCCACCACGAUUAAAGCAAAAGCCUCCACUGCACGAACGACGACAUGGACGACGGCGACUCCCACGUUGUUGAUGACCCAACGCUCUGCAGCCAGCAUGACCCCAUUGCAAGCCACAGCCAAGGAAGCCAAGUCUAUGCUGGUGGCUCCUCCCCCCCCUGCUCCACCAACCACUAAGCCUGGCCACACAAACCCCCCGAAAAGGAACACUGUCCACCAGCGGACGCUGAAGAGCACGCUUGAGGUAGCUGUGGUGGUUGGACUUGUGUUCCUGGCUCUUGUUGUAGCACUGGUAGGAAGGAAAGCUAUGGAAUCUUUUAACCGAAGACAGUACACAAGAUUGGAGCUCAAUGACUUAUACUACGAUGUGUGACAGCAUCACGCACAAGUUUCAAAUGCAAAAAUCUGUUGUUUUUUGUUUUUUUUAACCAGAAAGUAUGUGCUCUGUUUUCCAACUAAUACCUAAAAAAUGAGUGCAUUUCAUUUCAUGAGACCAAUUGAUAAAAUAAAAUGGGUCACGGGGUAGGAGGGGGGGUGGUUUGGGGCUGUUUAGUACGGCCAAAGAAUAAUGAACUAAAAACGCAGCAAUACCUCUUUCGCUUAUACUCAGGUAGUCAUAAAAAUCUGGUCAGCAAUUGGGAAACCGGUUACUUCAGCGAAAAUGCCAUUGCUGCAUAAAGUGUAUUGAAACAAGUCACCAGUUGUUAGAGGUAAGCAGUAAGUGAUGUGAACAAAACGCCGCUUCUCAUUCUGUCGUCUGUAAUUUUUAAAUUCAUUUUCACUGUUCAGUGAUAUUUUUACUGUCCUUUGUCUGUGUGGCCUCCUCACGGCUCAUACCGGUGUAGUUUUUUACGGAAUUACUUACAGAACUUAAAUAAUGCAGGGAACAGGGAGACGGAAUGCAUCGAAGACUUCAACAAUCAGUUCCAGUGCAUUGUAUCUUAAAUCCAUAUAUUGUUCUUUUAUGUAGAGUUCAUUGAUUACAUAGUUUUGUCCAAGAAUUUGAUGUAUGUACACACGUAUGCGUGUGUUCGUGGGUGUGUGUAGAAAGAGAACGAUGUAAAAAUUAUUGUUUCCGUAGAGCGCUAAACUACCCGAUGUCCUGCACUAUAUAGGUGUAAUAAUAUAACCACAAGAUGGCAGCAAACACAAAGUGAACCACAGUGAACCGCGCACCAUCGCUAAGAUGCCACUAGAAAAAAAAUGUACACUGCAAAUUCUGGAAAUAAAUUUAAUGAAUUGCACACUUAUUAAGUAGGACGUUUCGGUGAACUCGACUCGAUUAUUUACCGCAUGUAUAAUUUUGAAGGUCGUGUGAAAAUUCACGGGUUUGGUGUACUUUGUUACUUAUAAAUUAGAUUUAAGUGGUAAUUGUACAAAAUGUGAUUUUGCAAUAAAGCUUUUGUAAGCAUA